GGAUCUCUUUGAACAUGUCAAGUCCUUUGUCCCUUUGUACUAUCAAUUUCUGCGCCCAGGGGAUGCAUCUUCAACCUGAACGUCAAUUACAAACUGCGCUAGUCGUACUUGGUACUAUUUACAAUGAGCAAUAACUCUCGAACCUCGGUUUCGGACGACAACUCUACCUCGGGCGCCGCUGGGGCGAUGGUCGCUGGACGGAAGCGCAAGGAACCCGAUCGUCAUCAUUCUACUGGCGUGGCUCAAGGCCCAAACGAUGGAAGGGAGUUUCCUCCUUCAAAGCGGCGCAAACUCCGUGACAUCAUUCAUCAUGUCGUACGAAGUUCGCGAGCCAAAAAGUCUCCGAGAGUGCGUAAGAACCUUGGGACGUUUCGUAUGAUCACUGGACCUUCAAGUAUUCCUUGUGGUUCGAAUGCGAGGAGUCAUCUAUCUAAACACGCCUUCCGAGCGCUGCAGACCAUGGAUCUCGAUCAGGAUACGGACAACAGUACCCUUUACGAUAGCCGUCCGCUUUCUUCCCCCUACGAUCCUGUCACUGGGGAGUCUCGCUCUAUUUUGGAGGACGGGUACGACCUCGAAGAGCCAUCAAGUCAUAUACGAGAUGUGGCCAGCACCGCAAUGCUCUCAGAAGGAGAUCAGGAGUAUAUGAGCUCGGCUAGCACUUUCCAAAAUUCCACCCAAUGGAGACCUACUUCUUCCAAUUCUUUUUCUCGUCGUGAUCCUGUCAUAGUCGACCACUCGACCUAUUCCCGUCUGGAUCACGAUGCGCCCGCCAUUUUCAUGUCCUCCGAGGGGCAUUAUCUUGUUCAAGCCAACGAAGGCGUCAUGUCCCUCAAAACGGAGAACCCAGCUGUCAUCUACCAAAACCCAGUCGAGCCCGACAGGGCUGGUAAUGAGGAUGGAAAGCAGGAGGAUAGACUCCUGACCAAUAAUCGAUCGAGCCAUCUAGAUCCUGAAACCAUGACCACCGAAACCCAUUUUCCUCAGGAAGUGUUCACCGAAUCUGCAAUUUCUGAACUCGUGGUCGGAAACGGGCACGAGGAACAGUCUCCGAAUAGUGAUUCUUACGAAGAUGUUUACCUCGCCUCUGCACAUGAACUCGAGGCCGGAAAGAUUGAAGAGACUCGGAAUCUUUCUUCAUUGGCGCUCCCUAAUCGAUCCCGUCUAUCUGGGCUUGAACAUGGUGCGAACCUCGUUUUCACUGAUGAUGGCUCCCCGGCGAUUAGGGAAGUGCAACAGGAGCCACAGCAGGAGGAGGAUGAUUGGGAACAGGCACAAGCUGGUGAUUGCGUCUCUCAGAAAUUGAAAUUCCCUGUUACGAAGUUUCCUGAAUAUGGUCAGGGAACAGAGCAGUCAGGACCUCCUGCAUCUUGGUGUGCGGACAUCGACCGAGACAUCCCCACUCCCCGUUUAUUGAACUCCGACGUCGAAGACAUCAGCGCUGUGAUAAAUCUCUACGAUCCUUGUCAGGAGCAGGAAGAGGAGGACCGGGAAGAGGAUCAGGAAGAGGGGGGGGACGAAAUCAAUAAUCAUCUAUAUCCAGAAUCAGGAUUUGUUGGAUUUCCCGACUCUCAAACUCAACCUCAAUACACAGACAUUGAACAGGACAUCGCCAGUCCCUCCCUAUCGAACUCUGACCAACAUGAUAUUGCUGACGGGUAUUAUGAAGAUUUGGAUCAGGAGCAGGAGCAGGAUCGGGAGGAGUGGGGGCAAUCAAAUCUUCCACCUUCGCGAGAUUUCAUAGGAUUUUCCGAACCUAACCCCCCCGUUGCGGAGUUUCUUGACGUGGGCGAAGGAGACAAUCAACUUAAACCUCUUGAAUCUUUCGACUAUCUAUCUCAAUCUCGAUAUAUGGAGAUCGAACAAGAAAUCCCUGUUCUCUCCCUAUCAAAUUCCAAAGAAGAAAGUAGGACUGCAAGUGUAAAAAUGGUGGAUAUUGAGGCUCCACCUUGGUGGUAUACUGAAGAAACAGGUGAAACGGAUAAUCUUGUCGAAGAUGCAAAUGGAUAUUAUACCAACGAGUAUCAGGGCGAUGACGAGGUUGAUCACAUUUCCGUGCACAAUGCUGUACUUCAUCCUCCCAGAUUGAACAUAUCUCCUCCUUUGAACGUACCUUCUCCCUCUCUGAACGUAUCUCCUCCUCCCUCUUCAAACGUACCUCCUCAAGCAGAAAAUGUACAAAAGGUGCUGCUUAAUACUGAUCUUCACAAUGGUUGUCCUACUGUUUCAGUCUACAGCCCCGACGCGGACUACGAAGGAGAUGAAGAGGCCGGUGGUAAUGAAGGGUCUUACGACGAGAAAGAUAGUAUGUCAAUGGAAUAUUGGGAUACCAACGACGAGUCGUCUGGCGCAAUCUGGAAUUCAUCUCCUUCGACCAUUACAGAAGUUUUUGCUCCCUAUCCUGAACUUCCUGAUCAUACCCAUGUGUCCUAUAGCAACGACGUAGGACACGAAUGGGGUGACAGCCAAGCUGAAGCUAGCAACGACCAGCAUAUUACAACUGUCUACAACGCUGGCCCUCAGCCAGUGGAAACUUCCACUGCACAGUCAUUCAGCGUAUCUCAGUCACACUCUGCGCAAAACUUCAUGUCUUGGAGUGCGCCCCAAGACUUCGUUCACUCCGAUCCUGAGCAUCCUGGGGUAUUUCACGACAAUAUCGCUGUAUCUGAAUAUGAUAGCAUACCAGGCACCAGUGGAAGAUGGUUCGUUGGAGAAAAUGAUAUAUUAGGGGGUGUAUGUGAGCCAGGUGACGAGCCCUCUUUCAUGCCUUCGCCUUCGCUACCUUCGCCUGUUGCGGAAAAUCAUCUUAUAUGGAACAGUCCGGUUCCCCGGCCUCGUUAUACCGGUGUAAGCUAUAACCUCGACGCGGAAGAAAGAUGUGACGACAACCCAGUGUGGCUCGAUGUCAAUAUUGUAGGCCUCAUUUGUCUUCUUUUCCGGAAGGUGUCCAUGCUUGGAAUGCACCGCCGGGUAAUUACGCUGAUUUCGACGUAGUUCACGGAGAACCUGAUAAUGAACCGGGAGAUAAUGAAGAUUGGUUCACAUCGCAAGACGAGAUGUCAGUGGACCCAGGUGGCACAUCUUAUGUUGCACCUUUGAACGUACCUCUUCUGUCUACCGCGGAAAUUCCUGUGGCUUACGAAAAUCUACUU